UGGAUGUCCCAGCUGUACACAGACCUGCUGCCGGAUGCAAAGCGACCUCAGAGUGUGAUGCAGCUGUGUGAUGGGAGGAUCCGCCGGCCAGGAUGGGCAACAAGCAGACAACCUUCACCGAGGAGCAGCUGGAGGCGUAUCAGGACUGCACCUUCUUCACCCGGAAGGAAAUCCUGCGGUUACACGCUCGAUAUCGUGAGCUGGCUCCACAUUUAGUGCCGCUGGACUACACCAACAACCCCGACAUCAAAGUCCCUCUGACGCUCAUCAUCACCAUGCCUGAACUGAAGGAAAACCCGUUUAGAGAGAGAAUCGUGGAGACGUUCUCCGAGGACGGACAGGGGAACCUGAGCUUCAACGACUUCAUCGAUAUGUUUUCUGCCCUCUGUGAAGCUUCACCCAGAGAGCUCAAGAUCAUUUACGCCUUCAAGAUAUAUGACUUUAACAGGGACAACUUCAUCUGUAAGGAGGACCUGGAGAAGACCCUGAACAAGCUGACCAAAGGGGAGCUGACGCCGGAGGAGGUCACUCUGGUGUGCGAUAAAGCCAUCGAGGAGGCCGCCCUCGAUGGAGACAACAAGCUGUCGUUCUCCGACUUUGAGAACAUGAUCUCGAAGGCUCCUGACUUUCUGAGUAACUUCCACAUACGAAUAUGAGACCGCUGAGAUCCUGCAGAGGAAAGACGUCUCACUUCGACCCCGAUUCCACCUGAACCUCUGACUCAGCUCGACUCAGUGCCUGUCCCUUCUACUGCCGGCGGAGAGUCUUCUUCCCUGAAAGAUCCCGAGACCUGGACUGUCAGGAGCGUGGGAGUCUGAUACUGGAUCACACAGCCAUUCCAGAGGGGAUCUGGUUACUGCAUGAAGCCUCUCUCUGGGAUGGAUUUUGAACUCUCCUGAGACAGGGCUGACUUUCCUCUCCUCUGUGGACGUUUUCAAUCCUCUGAGAAACAUCUGGGAGGACGGCGCCGCAGUGGAAACAGAACAGGGCUUUUCUGAAUUUAGUGCUUUGCAGAAAGGUCACAGCCAGACUGGAUCCUUUUUAAAAGCACAUCUUUAAAGGGCAAAACAGUGAGGAGCUAUGCAAUCUUUCUCCAUAAAGUGCAUGUUGUAAAUUGCUUCUAGCUGGUGAAUUUGUACAUCUGGUUUAGUGAAGCAUUCUGGUGCAUAAUGACAAUCAUAGUAAACUGUAGCUCAGUUGAUGGAAGGGCUCUCUCUCUGUCAUCUCACCUGUACU